ACUUUCGAUUGUAGCAAUAUAAAUGCAGCUGCAAUCCGUUUUUCACAACUAUAUCAGCAUCUCAGUCUCAGGAGGGACUAGUACUAACAAGCAAACAUGGGCCAAACGCAAUCACCACCACCACCACCACCACCAUCAAAGGAAUUUGACCAAGAAUGGAGGAGAACAUGUUGGAGUAAAGAAGAGAGAGAUGCCAUGGUGAAUGCACUGAGGAACUUUGAACUGAAUGAUCCUGACGUGGGUCAGCUGAGAUGCCUGCUACAUGGACCAGUCGGAGCAGGGAAGUCCAGCUUCAUCAACUCAGUCAACAACGUUUUCCAAGGACGAUCAACACAUAAUGCCCUGGUAUCUGCUGCCACUGGCACCAGCUUCACCAUGAAAUAUAAGACACAUUACAUUCAAGGCCAUAAAGGAGAAAAACGUCUGCCCUUUGCAUUCAAUGAUGUCAUGGGUCUGGAGACACAGAAAAAUGGGUUGCACCCUGAUGACAUCAUCAAUGCUCUGAAGGGCCAUCUACCUGAGGGCUAUGAGUUCAAUCCAUUCCACCCAUUAUCGGACCAAAAAGAAGAAUACAUUCAGAAUCCCAGUUUAAGUGACAAAACUCACUGUCUGGUGAGUAUUGUGACAGCGGACAAAAUCUCUCUCAUGCAUAAGGAUGUCAUAGACAAGAUGAAGCACAUCAGGGCAGAAGCCAGUAAACUGGAAAUCCCUCAAAUUGUUGUCAUGACCAUGCCAGACAAGGCUUGUGAGCUGGUGAACAGGAAUGUGAAGAGAAUCUACUACAGCAAGGCAAUCAAAGAGAAGAUGCAGAUCUGCAGUAAUGAGCUGGGCGUUCCCAUGAACUGCAUCUUGCCAGUGAAGAACUACCACGAGGAGGGGGUGCUGGAUGAUGAUAUGGACAUCCUGAUACUGAACGCCAUAACUCAGAUUAUGAACUUUGCCAAUGAUUACCUCUGCGACCUCCAACAACAUGCAUGAGUUUCACACACAUGCAUGAGUGUCACAACACCUAAAUCAAGCGCUAGGACAUUAGUGAGCCCUGCGGUAUACUCCUAAGUGUAGAUAACCUAGAUUUUAUUUCAGAGUAGUUCAAGGUCAAUGUUGUCUUUCAAGGUCAAUGGAGUCUUUUUCCCCCAUAGGAAAUAGGACAUUUGUUUUCGAGGCAGGAUAAAGUAAGAUUGGAGGGAAAGUUCUCCUUUUAAUGUUUUCAUAUUGUGGUUGUAUAAUUUCACUUAAUGUAAAAGCCUAAAUAUACUGUUUAAAGGCACAAUAUCCACCUGUGUAACAAAAACUGGAUAUGCGUUAUCCUACUUUAAACUAUACAUGUAACACCCAACAGUGUACACUUGCAUUAGAUAAGCCAAUAUCCUUGCUAUAAUGCAAAAACAUGAUAUAUAGAUAACUCACAUUGAUUUUAUAUCAAUCAUUGUCCUUUUAAAUAUUUGAUGUGACAUUAUAGUUGUGUUUCAUAUGCUUUUCCCUAGUAAAAAAAUCCUGUGGGAUUUCAAUAAGAAUUAUAUUUAGAAUCCAAUAGAAAAUCCUAAAAGAUUUAGUGCAAAAAGCGUUAAUGCAGAUAGUCAGGGUAAUUUUUGGUUAACUAUUUAACUAACUAUUAAGCAGUGUUAUGGCUUGGGGGUAGAAGCUGUUCAGGGUCCUGUUGGUUCCAGACUUGGUGCAUCGGUACCGCUUGCUGUGCGUUAGCAGAGAGAACAGUCCCAUAGGAGUCCAAUAUGACUGGUUCCAAAAUCUGACAGGAUUUUUGGAUUGUAUUUUAAUUAGAUCCUUGUAUUGGAAUCCUAUAGGAUUUCAAUGUUUUUUUUUUCUCCUAUAGGAUUUCUAUAAUUGUUUUCAUUUGUAUAGAUAUUUAUGUUACAUUCUACAUUAUUUAUCCUCAAAACUUGGCUAUACACUAUAGUUAACUUGCCUGCUUAACAUAUGGAGCACCUACCCUCCAAACCUCUUAGACAAUUACCUAUGAAGGUGGAUAGUGGACACGUGAACUCUCUUGCACUAACUCUAUGCACACACACUGACACCCCAACACACACAUACACACACAUACACACACACACACUACA